UAUUGAAUGCGUCAGCAUUAUGUUUCAGUAAAUAUAUUUUCAAUAAGGUUUUUCACAACAUUAUAGUCCAUAAAUAAAUUUGUGUGUAAUAAAGUGGGAUGACACAGGAAAAAAGUAUUGAACACGCUAAGAAAAAGCAGUUCUCCAAGGCAAGGUAAGGCAAGAAACCAGCUGAAAUCAAUAAGCAGUUAGAAAGUAAUUAUACCUCCUAUCUGUGCAAAUUAAUAUCAGCUCAGUUAGAAAAUUGAUGGGUUAUAAAAACACUUUUUGUUACCAAGGUGUCAAACAAGAAGCAUCUCAUGAUGGGUAAAAGCAAAGAACUCUCACAAGACCUUUGCAACCUUACUGUUGUGAAACAUAUUGAUGUAAUUGGAUACAGACGUAUUUCAAAACUGAAUCCUCCAGUAAACACCAUUAUCCGCAAGUCGAAGCAACAUCACUCUGUUAUCAACCGGCCAUGCACAGGAGCUCCUAGCAAGAUUUCUGACCAGGGAGUCAGAAGAAUAGUCAGAAGUGUAGCCCAAGAGCCAAGGACCACAUGGAAAGAGCUCCAGAAAUACUUGGAGGCAGCAGGUGCCAUCGUCACAGAGAAAACAAUAGGCAAUGCACUCCACUGCUCACACUCACCUUGCAAGACUCCAUUACUAAAGAAAAGGCAUGUUGAAGCUCAUUUAAAGUUUGCUACAACUCAUUUGGACAAGCCUAUGAAACACUGGGAGAGUGUAGUCUGGUCAGACGAGAGCAAAAUGUAACCUUUUGUCUGUCAUACUACACACCAUGUUUGGAGAAGAAAUGGCACUGCCCAUCACCUGAAAAAUACUAUACCAACAGUGAAGUUUGGAGUUGGAAGCAUCAUGGUGUGGGGCUGUUUUUCAUCGCAUGGUACUGGCAGACUUCAUAUAAUUGAAAGAAUGAUGAAAGGAGCCCUUUACUGGAGAUUCUUGAGAAGAAUCUGCUGCAAUCCACCAUGAUGAAGAGGAGACAUAAGUGGACCUUCCUGCAGGACAACGCUCCAAAGCAUACAUCAAAGGAAACUUUCAAUUGGUUUUAGGGAGGAAAAAAUCAAGGUGUUAGAAUGGCCCAGUCAGUCACCCUACUUGAAUCCAAUUGAACAAGAUUUAAAGACAGCAUGUUUAGAAGAAUGGGCCAAAAAUCACACCUGAAUACUGUAUGAAUUUCUUCAUACAAGAAGUGUCUUGAAGCUGUCAUUAAGAACAAAGGCUUCUCCACUAAGUAUAAAGUGAAUUUUGGUUAAUACUUUUUCCUGUCAUUCCUCUUUAUUACACAUAACUUCAUUUAUAGACUUUAAUGUUUGGGUUUCUUUAUAUGUGUAGAUUUUUUUAGUUAAUAUGAAAGUCUGGUGAAAAUUACAAGUUAAUAGCCUCAUUGGAAAUAUAUUUACUGAAAAAAAUGUUCAUGCGUCCAAUACUUAUUUCCCCCGCCAUAUGUUCUAUUAGAUGUGUUUUGACUACUUUUAAAUGUACAUUGUAUAAUUAUAUCUCUGGGUAACAUGAAUACACAAUAACAACAAAAAUCUGGCAGAAGUAAUAAUCUUGGUUUGCCUCUGUUAAGAAGUCAAUUAUUUUGAUUCUAGUUUUAUUCAGGAAUCACAUAUAGCUCAUGUUGAUUCAAAUCUGCAUUGCAGUGUUGGUGGUAUUUUGACUAAAUGCAAUCAAUAUUAAAGUAUUACAAAUCAACUGUGAAGCCAAUACAGUAAAGCCAUUACAUUGACACCAUGAAAAUGAAAUGUUGUCCUAAACAUUGGACCUGGACAAGGCCUACAAUUUUGGAAAAACAGACUACAUCUAUAAGCUUAAAGGCUUCAAUAGUAGGGUUAAAUAGAUUAGGGUUUAAUAGAUUGUCUGACUGGAUGAUAAAGCCCUCAAAUUUGAAUGUUAAACCCUACAAAAGAUGGGUUUCCCCUUUUAUACAAAGUCCCGAAUAGAAACUUUUAAAAAGCUACAAUCAUUAAUCAAAAAAUAUCCCACUCUAAGAAAAAAAAAAGAGGUUACUAAACUGUACCUUUCCUUCUUUUCACUAGGGCGGUACCACCAAGAGUAGCCUAAGUCUUUUACUGGACUGUGUAUCUUUUACUCGGUAAGGUGAAUGUAGUGUACCUUUAAAUAUUAUUAAAGCUGAAAGAGUGGUCCUUACAGUUCCAAUUUUUUAAAAACGUAUUUGCACUAUACGUUAUUUUCACUUUAUCAUGUAAAAAAGACACUAAAAGAAUAAAAGAUGUACCCUUGAGAGUACCAAUCCAUAGUCUACAGUUUAGUAGCCUACAUUUUCACACACUCGGCACAGCAUUGAAAUUUGUUUCCACUAGAGCUACCAUUCUUAUGUACAAAGUCAAUAUGGUGGCAGUAAAAAUAUAUAGAAUAUAGAAGACAUCCCAGUUUGAAGCAGGUGCGUAUCUCAGGUGAUUGACGUCGGGUCGAUGACGUCAACAGGCACGGAAGCGCUGAAGAUGUUAAUUGAGAGGCCGCAAAAAGAUUCGUCAAACAGGAGUCAGGUGACUAUUUUUGACAAUGGUAGCCUCGCCAGUUGUACUCAUCCAUGCCAGAAGACGAAGAUGAAGCCAGCCGGCAGUCACGGCUUCCUCAGAUUUUGUGUGCUGUCGUGUUUCUUUUUGUUGUUGCCGGCGUUCACGUGCGCGGCCGAUAAGAUGGCCUUUUCCCCGUCACACCUCGGGGUGUUGGCGACAGAACAGAGUCGCCGAAAAAGCCACCCGAAACAGAGAAGCCCCAACAUUAACGCGUUUUCUAAAAGACAAACGGAGGACCAAAGUCUGCAGUUCAUGUGGAGUCUGUAUAGGAAAGCGGCCAAUGUAGAUGGCAGGCCGAAAAAACGCAACCUGUUUGGGUCCAACACCGUCAGAUUGAUUCGUGCGUCCGUCACCGGCAAGCGCUUCCAUUCCUCACCAAAUGACCUGCUGUAUACUUACACUGUGCAAUAUGAACUGGAAAACCUCCCAUUAAGCAAACUAAACAGGGCAUCUUUCGUUCACCUGAGAUCACCUGUGGCAUCGUACCCUCCGUUUAUGUGUGAGGCCAGAAUCUCCUCCUCGCAACAUGCAAAUGAUACCGAUGUUGUCAUUCUGGGCCCUCAAAGCAUGUGGACUGAAUCAGAUGUCACAUCCCAUCUGUUUCUGUUGAAAGGCAGCUUGUUUGUCCUCUAUGUUCAGUACAAGUGUUGGGAAUCUAGCCCGGUUAAUUCUGUCGUAAGAUACAGGACACUCAAGAGACAUUUCCCACCACAAAACCACUUGAGAGCCCCUGCAUUGCUUCUCUUCUUGGAAGAAGAAGAAGGGCAUCCUAUGGAAUGGGCAAAGUAUGUCAAAGCCACUUCUCACACUGGCUCAAGGUCACGCCGGUCCAAAGAACCUGGCAGCAUCAGUUCUGACAUUCCCAACUACAAGCGGGCAAAAAACAGUGUGGGCAAGAACCAGUGCAAGCUCCACUCUUACCGUGUGACCUUCCGUGACCUCGGCUGGGACCACUGGAUCAUUGCGCCCCCUAUGUACAACCCUCGCUACUGCAUGGGUGACUGUCCACGCAUCCUGCACUAUGGCUACAAUUCACCCAACCAUGCCAUUGUCCAGACUGUCAUCAGUGAGCUCGGCGUUGCUGACAUCCCUCUGCCAUCCUGUGUGCCUUACAAAUACAAACCUAUCAGCGUGCUGAUGAUUGAAAAGAACGGCAGCAUUGUUUAUAAAGAAUAUGAGGACAUGAUUGCAGAAUCCUGCACCUGUAGAUGACUGUGGGUUUAAAAUUCAACUGGAUGUUAAAGAACUGAAUAAAAUGGACUUGCAGCAAUUCUGCCACCACUUUUGACCAGCUGCUGCCAUCUGCUGAUUCUUUGUGAAGGUAUGCUACUGGUGUCAGAAGGAAUUAUUGCCUGAUGCAGAUAGAUGGGUUAAAAGCCACCAACAGUAACAAACGUUCUUUUCUUUUCUUUUCUUUUCUUUUCUUUUAAAAAAAACUUAUUCAUCCUUCUUUUUCUGUGUUUGUCUGUGUGCCUUAUUCAUGUGUUCAUUAUGAUGAUUGAGGGGAAAGGAAAAAAAAAAAAAAUUUUCCUUAUUGGACUAUUUCAUAUUACAUGUUUGCACUGAUAUAACUGUUGAAAAGUUCGUUCAAAAAAAAGGGGGAAAAAAAAAGAUUUUUUGAAAAAGGAACAAGGUCCAUGAAGAGAAGUUUUGUGGUGUCUUCUUAGAUCAACCUGUAUGUGUGUGUGUGUGUCUGUGUGUGUUUGGCUGGUUGGACAUAAUAGCUAGCUACUGCUGCUGUUUCAGAUGCUGCUAUUGUGCCCUCUUUUGGAAAGGAUGCAUUUAGCACACAAGGAAAGGGGACAUUUUUCUUGAGUGUCCUUUAUCUGUAUGAAAUAUGUGCAUAUGGUUUAAGGAGGAGAAAAUUACCUAGACAUGUUUCUUAAAGAGGGAUUGAAGAGAUUAAUCAUGAUAUGAAAUGAUUGUUUUAGAACUGUUGAGAGAUUAAAUAAAGAGCAUAUUUUGUAAAAAAAAA